CGCAAAGUCGACGUCAUCGGGCAGCUGGCUCCGGUGGAGUCAACAUGGCGACUGCAGGCUCGGGAGGUGACGGGGAGACGGAGACGUCCUCGGUUCAGUCGGCUGGUGACGGUCGGGGAGAUAAGAGGAUGACGCAUUCAGCUAACGUUAAAGACAACCCCUUCAAGUACUUGGUGGAAACUCUCGAGUGCAGUCCAGAUAAAACUUUUUUCAAUAUUUCUAAGUUGCAGGGCUCAGAGUAUGAAGCCUUGCCUUUCUGCAUCCGAGUGGUGCUGGAAGCUGUGGUGCGUAAUUGUGAUGGUGUGUUGGUAAAGGAGGAUGAUGCUAUAAAAGUUUUGAAGUGGAAAACUAACUGUGAAUGCCAAGAAAUUCCUUUCCUUCCAGCCCGUGUUGUCCUGCAGGAUUUCACUGGCAUUCCUGCAAUGGUAGACUUUGCUGCAAUGAGAGAUGCUGUGAAGAAACUUGACAGAGAUCCAAAACUAGUGAACCCAGUCUGUCCGACAGACCUCAUUGUAGAUCAUUCUUUGCAGCUGGAUUUUACUAAAUGUGCAGCACAGACUGUUCCUACCGCAACAGUUGAUUCACACAGACCAGCGUCCAAGCUCUCACCGGCUAAAUCAGCAGUUAUGAAGUCCCACUGUAGAGGACAAAGUAGCUGUAGAGGAGCCUGUGAUUCGGGAAUAUCAAGCAGGAGCUCUCGUGAACAGAUAGAAAACACCCCAAUGUUAUGUCCUUUUCAUUUGCAACCUAUUCCAGAACCAGAAGCCGCACUUAAAAGUCUUGAGAUUGAGUUUAUCCGGAAUAAAGAAAGACUUCAGUUUUUUAAGUGGUGUUCAAAGGCUUUCAAGAAUGUUGCAGUGAUACCUCCGGAAACAGGAACUGUGCAUCAGGUGAAUUUGGAGUACCUGUCAAGAUUAGUUAUGGAGCAAAAUGGCUUCUUAUAUCCAGACAGUGUCCUUGGUACUGAUUCUCACACUACUAUGGUGAAUGGUCUUGGAAUCUUAGGUUUAGGUGUCGGAGGAAUUGAAUCAGAAGCAGCUAUGCUGGGCAUACCCAUCACAUUAAAUCUACCAGAAGUGGUUGGGUGUGAGGUGACUGGCUCUGUUUCUCAGCUUUCUACUUCCAUAGAUGUCGUUUUAAGCAUCACUAAGCACUUAAGACAAGCUGACUUGUCUGGAAGGUUUGUGGAAUUUUUUGGAGAGGGAGUAUCUCAGCUUUCAGUUGCCGACCGUACCACGAUAGCAAACAUGUGUCCAGAGUAUGGUGCCACGGUGGCUUUCUUUCCAGUGGACCAAGUAACCCUUAGCCACCUGAAACAAACUGGUCUCGAUCCUCACAGGCUAAGAAUAUUUGAAGCUUAUUUGAAAGCUGUACAGUUGCUCAGAGAAGAAAAUGGUACAAGAAUCCCAAAGUAUUCCAAGAUAUUGGAAAUCAAUUUAAAUACAAUUACUCCGUAUGUGAGUGGCCCCAAGAGACCCCAGGACCGAGUAUCUGUGACUGAUAUGAAGAAGGAUUUUGAAGCAUGUUUAAGUGAAAAGGUGGGCCUUAGAGGAUUUCAAAUUCCAGCUGACCGGCAGAAAGUGGAGGUUCCUGUUACAUAUGGACGAUCGCAAUACAUGUUGUCACAUGGCUGUGUGCUUAUUGCUGCUGUGAUCAGCUGUACCAACAACUGUAACCCUUCUGUCAUGCUAACGGCAGGCCUGUUGGCUAAAAAGGCUGUAGAAGCUGGACUCAAGGUGAAGCCAUAUAUAAGGACAAGCUUAUCACCUGGAAGUGGAACAGUCACUCACUACCUCACUGCCAGUGGAGUGCUGCCUUUUUUGAACCAUUUAGGGUUUGACAUUAUUGGGUAUGGAUGCUCAAGGUGUGUUGGCAAUAGCAAUCCUUUACCAGAGGAAAUCGUCAGUGCUAUUAAGGAGGGGGAACUGGUGGCAUGUGGUGUUUUCUCUGGAAACAAGCAUUUUGAGGGGAGUAGGUGUAGUUGUAUCCGUGCCAAUUACUUGGCUUCCCCACCUCUGGUUGUCGCCUAUGCAUUGGCAGGCACAGUAAACCUAGACCUGCAAACAGAUGCUCUGGGGGUGAAUGCUCAGGGCGAGAAGGUCUUCCUACGAGACAUUUGGCCCAGCCGUGAAGAGAUCUUACAAGUUGAAGAGAAUCUUGUUAUACCGUCCAUGUUCAAAGAACUGAAAAUAAAAAUAGAGAAACAAAAUACAAGGUGGAACCUUUUGGACUCUCCUGAAAGCACUUUAUUCCCGUGGGACCUUAGAUCCACCUACAUUAGAAGUCCUCCCUUUUUCAACAGGCUGGACAAGGUCUCAGCACCUCUGACAACAAUUGAACGAGCCAAUGUAUUACUUUAUUUAGGGGAUUCCGUCACUACUGACCACAUUUCGCCUGCGGGAAGCAUCUCUCGUACAAGUCCUGCUGCCAAGUACUUAAUUCAGAGAAACUUAGUGCCAAGAGAGUUUAAUUCCUAUGGGGCCCGCAGAGGCAAUGAUGCUGUGAUGACUAGAGGAACUUUUGCUAACAUGAAACUUUUUAACAAGCUUGUUGGAAAAAGUGGGCCAAAAACAAUCCAUUUUCCAUCAGGACAAAUGAUGGAUGUAUUUGAAGCAGCAGAAUUGUAUCAGAAAGCUGAUAUCCCACUUAUUAUUUUAGCCGGUAAAAAAUACGGAUCAGGCAAUUCAAGAGACUGGGCUGCCAAAGGACCAUUCCUGCUGGGUGUCCGAGCUGUGAUAGCUGAAAGUUAUGAGAAGAUUCAUAAGGAUCAGUUAGUGGGCAUUGGCAUCGUGCCUCUUCAGUUUCUGCCUGGAGAAAAUGCAGAAUCGCUUAGCCUUUCAGGAAAAGAGCAGUAUUCUAUAUCUAUCCAUGCCAAGCUAGUUCCUGGAGAAAGUCUGGAAGUCAAGACAAGCACCGGAAAGAUAUUCCAUGUGAUUGCAGCCUUUAAUAAUGAAGCAGAAGUCGCAUUCUACAAGCACGGAGGAAUAUUAAGCUAUGUGGCUCGCAAAUACUUAUAGUAGUGUCAACAAAGAGAAACCAUGAACUCUCAGCUUGUACAGAUGCUUCCUGUGUGCUUGUACUUCUCUUGCCUCCUUAAAGACUCUGAUUGGUGGGAAGAAAAUGAGUCACUGAAGCUUAUUCCAGCACUUUCAGUAGAAGACCGGUGCUAUGGGCAUGCCUUCCUCAGUCCCACCAAGGGACAAGCAACAAUCUUCACAAUUACUUCUACUUGCACAUUUUGCAGGUGGCAUUUCUGACUUAUCCUGAAGCCUUGUGCACAGUUUUGCUCUUUAAGUCCUAAAACUGCUAUCUUUGGACUUCCAGUAGCAGUAUUAUUGUUUGAGCGAUAUUGUUUUAUUUAAAAAAUAUAUAUAUAUAAAAAAAUCAAAAAAGAAACUAUUCUUCCAUUUGAUGAACUGUAUGUCUCCAUCCCGGUAUGGAAAAGAAGACUCUCUUGGUUGUGAUAACACGGACUCCUUGAAAUAAUGUUCUGAAAUAAAGAUGCCUAAAUCAU